AAAAAACCCCCAGCCAUACCUCCCGAGAUAUUUCGAGUGCUUAAUAUACCCCAAAAUGAGGAUGCAAUGCCCACACAAACCUCCACCAAUAGAUAUGUUCCAUACAGAAGUGCUCAAUAUAAAGGAAAAACAUAUAUUUAUAUGGAAGGAGACGAACCGGAUGAUUAUCUUCGUUAUAUAUCUUCUUCUGAUAUUACUUCUUCAUCAGAAAGUGAAUAUGAAGAGAUGGAUAUAAAUGAUAUAUAUAAACCACUUGGUCCUAAAUAUAAAACGUUGAUCGAAGUACUACUAAAACCGAGCACAAAUAAUAAUGUACAAGAUACUUAUACAGAUGAUGUGAAAAAUAAUAGUGAUAUACCCAUCAAUAAAUGGACUGAGGAAGAAUGGAAUGAAUUAAAAAAGGAUUUUAUCUCGCAAUAUUUACAAACAGUACAAAAGGAUUUACCUAAUGAAAACAAAAGUGGAAAUACUUUUAUGGACUCACAACCUAAUAUUUUACCAAAUAAUAUGGAAGAAAAACCUUUUAUUACAUCUAUUCAGGAUAGAUUUCUUGAUAAUCAUGAAAAAAUCAAUUACGAUAUAGAUUGGAAUGUUCCAAAACAUACACAGAUAUAUUCUAACAUUACACAUACUCCUAAGGACAAUAGUUUAUAUAGUGGUAUUGAUCUAAUUAACGAUUAUCUAAGUGGAAAACCUAUUGAUAUUUAUGAUGAGUUGUUAAAACGAAAAGAAAAUGAAUUAUUUGGAACAAAACAUCCAAAACAUACAACAACAAAUAGAGUUGUUAAACAAAUAUAUGAUAACCCUAUACUCAACCAACUGGAUUUAUUUGAUAAAUGGUUAGAUAGACAUAGAUCUAACCAGUGGAAAAACAAACCGGAUAUGUCGAAUGAGGAGUGGAAUAGGCAACAUGAUGAUAAUAUACCUGUGGAAAAUGAUAACAAUACUACACAUAAAAUGUUUAAUACUAACCUUUAUGUAAAAAUUAGUAGUGAUAUGACCCCUAGAUCUAAUAUGGAUAUUAGUGGAACAAAUACAAUAUAUAGUGAUACUAAUAGAUAUACCUAUUUUGAUGAUAUAUCCAUUGAUGAAGUCAGCCCUUUUAAUAAUAGAGAUAAAUUGUUAAAUACUAACCUUUAUGUAGAAAUUAGUAGUGAUAUGACCCCUAGAUCUAAUAUGGAUAUUAGUGGAACAAAUACAAUAUAUAGUGAUACUAAUAGAUAUACCUAUUUUGAUGAUAUGGAUUCAAUAGAAAAUAGUAGUGAUGAAAAUUUAUGA